GCGCCGGCGAGUGCGCCACGCCUCCCUGCGCGCCCAGCGCUUACUUCCGGGCACAGGCGUGGCGUAACGUCUGAAGGAGGGCAGACCCCACUCUGGAUGCCUCCUACACCUGCAGAGAGGACUGUCAGAGCUGCCGCCGCCGCCGCAUACAGCUCCAGGCGUCUUCCCAGGGAAGCCUCACACCCUCUGCCAGGAUCCCCAGAAGGGUGGGCCUGGGCAGUGGGUUGACACCACACAUUUGGUGUCAUCAUUUCAGAUUGCCUGUGCUGAGGGCGAGGACCAGUAGGCAUCUGCCAGUAUGGGUGAAAGGAAAGGUGUGAACAAGUACUACCCUCCAGAUUUUAAUCCCGAAAAGCAUGGCUCACUUAACCGAUACCACAACAGCCACCCGCUGCGGGAGCGGGCUCGGAAGCUGUCACAGGGCAUCCUCAUCAUCAGGUUUGAGAUGCCGUAUAACAUCUGGUGCGACGGCUGCAAGAACCACAUCGGCAUGGGUGUUCGUUAUAACGCAGAAAAGAAGAAGGUUGGCAAUUACUACACAACUCCGAUUUACAGGUUCCGGAUGAAAUGCCACCUCUGCGUCAACUACAUCGAGAUGCAGACGGACCCUGCCAACUGCGACUAUGUGAUCGUGAGCGGCGCCCAGCGCAAGGAGGAGCGCUGGGACAUGGCAGACAAUGAGCAGGUGCUGACGACAGAGCACGAGAAGAAGCAGAAGCUGGAGACGGAUGCCAUGUUCCGCCUGGAGCAUGGUGAGGCCGACCGGAACACGCUCAGGAAGGCCCUCCCCACCCUCAGCCACAUCCAGGAGGCCCAGAGCGCCUGGAAGGACGACUUCGCCCUCAACAGCAUGCUGCGGAAAAGGUUCCGGGAAAAGAAAAAAGCCAUACAGGAGGAGGAGGAGCGGGACCACGCACUGCAGGCGAAGGCAAGCCUCACCAUCCCACUGGUACCAGAGACAGAGGACGACCGGAGACUGGCUGCCCUGCUCAAGUUCCACACACUAGACUCGUACGAGGACAAGCAGAAACUCAAGCGGACGGAGAUCAGCAGCCGCUCCUGGUUCCCCGGCACCCCAGGACCUGGUCACAGCAGCAGCAAAGCUAGCAGCGUUCUGAAGAAACUGGCCCAGAACCACAGGCCUGUGCCAGCCAGCACCCCCAUCACUGGGGGGGACCUGGGCAUUGUGCGGCGGCGGUCCCGGGAGGUCUCAGAGAGCCCCCAGUGUGCAGCCGUGAUCCCCAGGUCCAGAGAGACACACCCAGAUGGGACCACCCAGGACAGGCCUGCAUCCCCCCAAGACUGCUCUCAGGAGACAGCCGAGACCCUCAAGACCAGUGAGCCUCAGGGGCAGGAGCAGAGAUCUCAGGACAGGCCCCAGUCUGAGGAUGUGCCCCACCUCUGUGCCCUCAGCUCCUCCCUCGUGGCUGACUACUCCGACUCGGAGAGUGAAUAAGCCAUUCCAGGGGCUGAAUAUGUGCUCUGGAGGCCAAGACGCACCCAGGAGACCCCUCACAGACUGCAGCCCCCCUCUCCCACCAGCCCUUGGAAAGCUCAGAUGCUGCCCCAUCCCCAGAGCCUUCCCACCAUGAUGGAGUUAUUUAUUUGGUCCUGGAGAGGGUAUUUGUGCCUUGUAGGACCCCUGACAUCCCAACAUUAAAGCGCUGCUUCUUUACCCCUGCC